AUGUCUGACACCUAUAAAGCCAUUGUUUGCCAUGAGUAUGGCCAGCCUCUCACCAUUAACGAAUAUGAGCUCCCAAAUCCGGUGUCCGGAACCGUUGUCGUCAAAGUGCUGUCGGCUUCUAUAAUCAAAAGGAUCAAAGAGCUCAUCGCGGUCAAAGACCCUAUUUUCAACACUCCCCUACCAUUCGUGCCCGGAAACUACGGCAUCGGACGCAUCCACUCUGUGGGGGCCGGUAGCCACUUGAAACCCGGACAGUUGGUUUAUCUGGACUCGGUGGUGUUCUCACGAGAAACCCAAGCAGAGCUCAUCAUUAAGGGCAGUUUCGGAGGAGCCACGCCAGCCUCCAAAGAGCUGGCCAAGCUUAAGUACAAGAGAGAUGGUUAUCUGCAGCAGUACGCACUUGUGGACAUUGAUAACUGCUACCCAAUCAAUGAGGCCUUCGUUGGGGAGCACAGCAUCCAUCACCUAAAUAACCUGGCUUUUGCACUUGUUCCGUACGCUGGACUGCGCUCUGUUGGCUUGAAGGCGGGCGAGACGGUAAUAAUUGCUCCGUCCACGGGUAAAUUCAGUGGCGCCGCCGUUGCCGUUGCUUCAGCCAUGGGCGCAACAGUUAUUGCGGUGGGGAGAAACCAGCAGGUCCUAAAACGGCUUGAGAAUAAUCUACCAAAUGUGCACCCAGUGACUCUGACCGGCGACAAAGACACCGAUGCGGCUGCUCUGGCCAAGUUCGGCCCUGCCAACGUGUUCCUGGACCUAAAUCCGUCUGGUGUUCCGUCAAACCCGUACUUCGAGUCCUGCCUCAACGCUUUGGCCUACGAGGGCAGAGUCGUCAUCCAGGGCAACCUGUCCCAACCACUGACUAUCAGCCCAUUCAACUUCAGAUUUAAAAAUCUCACCGUCCGGUCAAAGACGAUGUACACCAGAGACGAGGCCAAGGACCUGAUCAGGCUGGCCGAAUCGGGCGCGCUCAAAUAUUGGGCAAUGCACCGCAUCCAACAGUUUGCCUUUGAAGAGUUUGAGAAGGCAUUCAGUGCGGCAGAGACCGCCACUAGCUGGGACGACCUGGUUGUGCUGGACUUGGCUUAA